AUGAUUGAGGAAGAUAAUAAAACUUUAUGGUGUGGAAACCUUCCAGAACAAGUUACCGAGGAAUUACUUUACGAACUCUUCUUACAGGCGGGGCCACUAGAGAAAGUCCGAAUACCACGAGACAGGGACGGUCGGCAAAAGAAUUUUGCUUUUAUUACAUAUUGUCAUGAAGUAUCCGUUCCGUACGCAAUUCAAUUAUUUAGAGGCACAGCUCUAUUCCACAGAACGCUAAUUCUACAAAGCAGAGGUCGUAUGGCGGUUUUACCACCUCCUAUAAGAAGUUAUGGUACAGAACCAUGUAUAGACUUUGCUUACCAAGCAAACAUUACUCAACAGUUUGCAAACAUGACUGAAAAAUUGAGAGAUGAAGCUCAAACUGCAAUUCAGUAUCCUUUGCAAAGAAGUGAUUAUAAUGACAAAUUGACUAUUGCCAGCUUACAAGGUAAUUGGUCACACAGACAUCAUCCCUACCAUUCUAAUAAGGAUAAAGGUCAGAAUAGAGAUGACUUUCAACAUAGAGACAAUCACAAUGAAAAUUACAAGGGCCGAAGUAAACAACAUCCAAAUCAUUGGCGUGAUAGAAGAAAUCAUAAAAAGAACAGCUAUCAUAGACGGAAUUGA